CUCAUUCACUCGCUCGCUGUCCGUGUCGAGGACAACAACUCACUACCUCUGUCUCUGUCUGCACCUGAUUCUGCGCAGCUGAUACCAUCGAAUUUCAUCUGAUACCUGCAACAAAGAGUCAUUUCAGCACCAUGAGUUCAAUCCAUCCUGUCUAAUAUCACUCACAUAUUUAUAUCAUAAAUAACACUUCCAAAUGAGGUGGAAAAUAACUUAUCUUUGCGAUGUGACCAUGAUACUUUUUACUUAAAGAAUGAAGAGAAAGACUUAGUUUAGUGAUAGCUAUCUAGUGAUAUGCUUGGAGUGUCUUUGCGUGUCUUUCUUGUCAAUGAUGUCUAAUAUCUAGUCCGACUGUCAACUUUUUAAUUUAUCAUUAAAUACUCAUACUUGCAUUUACAAUUCGGCCAAAAUGACUCUGUCUUAUGAUAACUGGACAAAGAGUGACAUAUCAGAAUCCCUUGAGGUCUGCGAAUUCCAGGGUCCAUGCGGAGAUUCAGGUUACUACAAAACCAAAAGUUUGCCGGCUCUCAACGGCGGCUGUCCCGUUAUUCAAGAGACGUUGGAACCGAGGCUGGUCAGCACGACGCAGACUCCAUUACACACUGGCCACUAUUCUGCAUUCAAUGAUCUGCAUCCCAAAACAGACUCUUGUGACUUGGUUUCGCCUACGAGAACUGACUUCUCCUCCUCUGUGUCCAGCACGGUGGGGCUUAGUAGUUUGAGAACUGAGACCAAUCAAACAGGUGGCAAAAAAGUAGGCUUUUCGUUAGUUAGAUUCCUUCGUUUCCCUGUUAGGAAAUAUAUCAGGGUGAUUUUUGCCGACUCUAGGUGUUUCUUGUUCUGUAUGUGUUACUUGACGUUCAUCCAGUCGUUGAUGGUUUCGGGGUAUCUAAGUAGUGUCAUCACCACCAUAGAGAAGAGAUACAGUCUCCGAAGCUCUGAGUCUGGACUGCUGGUUAGCUGUUUUGACAUCGGGAGUCUGCUUGUGGUGGUCUUCAUCAGUUAUUUCGGGGGACGGGGACAGAGACCCCGCUGGUUGGCGGUCGGCGGGGUGUUCAUCUCCGUGGGAGCGGCUCUGUUCUCCCUUCCGCACUUCAUAUCACCGCCCUAUCAAAUCCAGGAGGUCAACUCCUCCAUGGGGAACGAGGGCCUGUGCCUGAACGGCAACGGAAGUAGAAGGGACGCCAUGGACGCGUCGUCCUGUCCGCGGGACCAAGAGGGCAACGAUCAUUCUGUUUACGUGGCCCUGUUUAUCUGCGCCCAUCUGGUGGGCAUGGGUUCAACUCCCAUCUACACACUGGGACCGACGUAUCUGGAUGAUAAUGUGAAAAAGGAGAAUGCAUCUCUCUACCUUGCUAUUAUGUACGUCAUGGGGGCACUGGGACCAGCUGCAGGAUACCUGCUAGGAGGAGUCCUGAUCGGUUUCUAUGUGGAUCCCAAAACCAUUCUCAAAAUUGACCAAAGUGACCCACGCUUUAUUGGAAACUGGUGGAGCGGGUUCCUGCUCUGUGCUUUUGCCAUGCUGUUAGUCAUCUUCCCCAUGUUCACCUUCCCCAAGAAACUGCCCCCUCGCCAAAAGAAAAAGAAUGGAGCGGACAACACCUCCAAUGACGACGACGUCCUGAAAGAGAAAUCCAACAGCAAAGGCCAAACAGCCGCGUCCUCCAUGGGCUUUGGAAAAGACAUCAAAGACCUCCCAAAGGCAGCUAUACGGAUCCUCAGCAACAUGACGUUCCUGUUUGUGAGUCUGUCCUACACAGCUGAGAGCGCCAUCGUCACGGCUUUCAUCACCUUCAUUCCCAAGUUCAUCGAGUCACAGUUUGGAAUCCCCGCCUCUAACGCCAGUAUUUACACAGGGGUGAUCAUCGUCCCCAGUGCAGGGGUGGGCAUCGUACUGGGCGGCUACAUCAUAAAGAAACUAAAGCUUGGAGCUCGCGAAUCCGCCAAGCUGGCCAUGAUCUGCAGCGGAGUGUCUCUGCUGUGCUUCUCUACUCUCUUCAUCGUGGGCUGUGAGAGCAUAAACCUGGGCGGCAUUAAUAUUCCUUACACCACAGGGCCGACCCUCACGCUGACCCAUAGAAACCUGACAGGGGGCUGUAAUGUGAACUGUGGCUGUCGGAUCAACGAGUAUGCUCCUGUUUGUGGCUCUGAUGGAAUAACAUAUUUCAACCCCUGUCUGGCGGGAUGCAGCACAGUCGGCAAUGACAGCACUGGGAUCAGAAAUUACACCGACUGUGCGUGUGUGCAAAGCAGACAGGUUAUAACUCCACCCACCAGCGGCCAGGGUAACCAGCUCCAGCUUGUCAUCGUGAAAACCUACCUGAACGAAAACGGAUUCGCUGUGUCAGGGAAGUGUGACCGCACCUGCAACACGCUUAUCCCCUUCCUCAUCUUCCUCUUCAUCGUCACUCUCAUCACAGCUUGUGCGCAGCCCUCCGCCAUCAUUGUCACUCUCAGGUCGGUAGAGGAGCAAGAAAGACCAUUUGCUUUAGGAAUGCAAUUUGUGCUGCUAAGAACUCUGGCCUACAUCCCCACACCCAUCUACUUCGGGGCCGUGAUUGAUACCACCUGCAUGCUCUGGCAGCAAGACUGUGGCGUACACGGCUCAUGCUCGGAGUAUGACGUCACUUCCUUCCGCUUCGUCUACUUCGGCCUGGCAGCCAGCCUGAAGUUUGUGGGCUUCGUCUUCAUCUUCCUCACCUGGUAUUCUAUUAAAUACAAAGAGGAUCGCUUGGAGCGCUGGCAGCAGCAUCUCCCCCCUCUGGGCACAGUGAGCGAUCUCAUCUGCCACGCUGGAGGCCAGAAGAGCCACGCUCGCACCCGCUCCUGCCCAGUCUUCACUCCCUUCGAACCUCCCGACCAGCCCCCUCUCAAGCGUGGACGCUGCAGCCAGAGCUGCCCAGGAAAUGCCCUCAAAGCAAUAACCCCGCCUCCUCGCUCCCUGCAGGCCAUGCACUGUCACAUUUAACGACAUGCACGGAUUCGUCGCUCCAUCUGCCUCCAUGUGCCUUCCUGUCAGGUGUAUGGGACUGACCUCCACCUAUUUCUCCGCUCGGCCCCGCGUAGCUUCAGGGGCUCGCCGCGCUUACGCAGAGAAUAGUGUAACGCGCCCAGUACAACUCGCAGAGUGCUUGCUGUAGUGGUGUGUGGAAGACAUGUUUUGGUGCUAAAUUGCGUAAUAAGGGAGGAAUUUCCGUAUCCUUGAUGAUUAUAUCAAAGAUGUUCCAACAAGCACAAAUGGAAAUCAGGACUAUGCAAAGCUGUACGACACGACAGCCUCCAGGAUUUCGCUUUCUACUGUAUUAUUUCCAUUCAGAACAGUGUGUUCUGCAGCAAGACCGUUCUCUAUGAUACUGCGAGAUCUGUGAAAAAUGAUGCGCAGGAGUAAAAAACUCACUUCUGGAUAGGUUUGGAUCUGUUCCCUCUAUACUUAUCACAUUUUAAGAACAGUGCCUGAAACUGCAGAGGUCUGCUGGGUAACAGAGCACUGAGUGGACAUCUGAAUUGCAUUUUGGAGAUGAGCUAGCAUCAUCUUCCUAUUUAUGAUCUUCGUAGUCUGCAGUUGUCAUUGUUAUGAAAGUUAACUUCAGUGUUGACCCGUGGUUUUGUAAUACAGAGCAAACAAUGCAUAGAACAAGAUACAAGCAUGUUUUAGCUGUCUGUAUUUUGGUGGUCUUACAUCAGAGGCCUCAUUUAUAAAACGUGCGUAUGCACAGAUUCGAUAGGAAAGCGUGCACACGCAAAAAUCCACGGCAAGAUAUAUAUUUAUAAAAAGUGCUUAGCGCCACGUAAGGGUCUAAACAGACGUACACACUUUUGCCUGUCUGAGUGCUGCCGGUUUUGGGAAAUAUAAGUCAUUCUUGACAGGUGAUGUGGACAGGUGCUCUAGCUCUAGUCAUAGAUUUCACAUAUGAUAGAGAGGCAUACUCGUGCUUUCUGUGCGUACAAUUGUGAAUCACACGAAAGGACUUUUAGAAAUGAUCGGAAAAUCUCAUUUUGGACGGUUUCUUCAUUUUAUAAAUGAGGCCUCAGGUCUUGAAAGCUUGGAAUGUGUUUAAAGAAGAAUAUCCGAGUCAAACUUGUUUGUUUAAUAAACGUAAACAGGAAUAGAAAAGAACUGUAAAAUGUGGUUUGACAUUAAGAUCAAAUCAUUUGGAAUAUGUCUCAGUUUUACAGAUAAGAUCUGAUUUAAAAGGAACAUUUCACCCAAACAUUAAAAUUCUGUCAUCAUGUAGUCAGCAUCAGGUCGUUCCAAAUCUGUAUACAUUUCUUUGUUUUGAUGAACACAGAGAAAGAUAUUUGGAAGAAUGCUUAUAACCAAACAGUUCGUGUCCACCAUUGACUACCAUAGUAGGAAAAAUUGAUUUAUACGUUUCUUUUUCUUUUGAACACAAAAGAAAAUAUUUGAAAAGUUCUGGGGCACUUUUGACUUCCAUUGUCUCUUUUCCUACUCUGUUCUGAUAUAACAGUUCUUGAGUACCAUAGUAAAGAAAUUUGUACAGGUUUGGAAUCACUGCAUUGAAUUACUCACUCUGUAAUUGUUGCAAUCCAUGUAUAAAUGUCUUUGUUUGGUUGAACUCAUAGAAAGAUAUUUAGAAGGAUGCUUGUAACCAAACAGUUUUUUUUUUUGUAAAAUUACAAUGGUAGUCAAGAGUGCCCCAGAAGUGUUUGCCGUCUUACGUUCUUCAAAAUAUCUUCUUUUGUGCUCAACUGAACAAAAAAAAUCUAUAUUUUCCCAAUAUGGUAGUGGUCCAAGAACUGUUUGGUUAUAAGCGUUCUUCCAAAUAUCUUUCUGUUUUCAACAGAACAAAGAAAUUUAUACAGAAUUGGAAGAACUCGAAGGUGAGUAAAUAAUGACAGAAUUAAUAUUUUUGUGGAAACUGUCUCUUUAAGUAGUUUAUUCCUCAUUUAAAAAAUGGAAACAUGUUACAUUGUGUAUUGUUAGAUGAGAAUGUUGGAAUCAUGUUUAGUCUGACACUAUUACUAGUAACAUAGUAAUGUAGAUACUAAUAUUAACUAAACUGAAAUGCAAAAUUACUUAUUUUAUUUAAAAGCAAAUCAGUGCACAAUGUAAACAAAGUCACAGCUGGUCAGAAUCCAAUACUGCUGUCAGCAUCUGCUAAAUUCAAGUACCUGAGCAUGUCUGAGCAUUUUUAAUGAUAGCAUCUGUAAAGCCAUGAUAGCAUUUGCAAUGCCACAGCAAACUCAGAGUACUUUGACACUACAUCUUGAGUUUGGGUGCUAAUGUAUAUCAGCUGAUGUAUCUGCAAAAGCAUGUCCUCUGGCUAAAUCAUAAUCCACGAGCAUAUUUGUAUGCGCCGACUAUAUUCUAUUAUAAUGAAAGCUCUACCUAAUAUGCAAACCUCAAAUGUUUAGUGGCCAAGUUUAUCAUUAGACACUCCAGUUACUUUUCUCUGUCAGUAUUGCUGAUUUAUAUUAGAGUCUGGUUCAGUUAUGAUAUAUUCACAAUUGUGGGGAGGACUAAUAUGGUUUAAGAUUAGUUAGAGCCUAGCAAACCAACAACGUAAUCACUGGAAAAAUUGAGCCCAUGCUGUAAUCAUUUUAUAUUUAUAUAUAUCUACACAUUAAGAAACUUUUGUAAACGACUCUCAGUACCACAUUGUGAGUUGGUACUGUUUUCGAACCAAUAGAAUUCGUUUACUGUCAAAGUGAUUUUCUUGAAAGCUAUGUAUUUAAAAUGCUGACUCCAGUAUUUUGACGUGACAUUUAAACAUGGGCUGUAAGAAAUCAACGUCAGGUAUUGUUACCAUGUUGAAAUUGAUUCUUCAUUUUUGUGAAAUAUAAGGACUAUGGUGAAAGUC